GCUUUUCUUGUUUGCUUUUUGUUGUGUGAUUAAUGCACAUUCCGUGCAUAAGUAGGUACACAGUCACAAAUCGUACGCUGUGCAUGUGUGUUUCUUUUGCGGUAGUAGACUGAUCAUUUCACCCGAAAACCACAAGUAAAUCAUGGACACAAAUCUUACAAGUAGUUCGAAGGUCGUGAAAUCGUGAACGGAGUGAAAGAUCCAGGCAGUGAAAUUGAAGAUUUUAAUCAUUGCUGGUGUAAGUUCUGACUGGGAUCUAUUAUUACAAACUGUCAGCUGGAAGUAAAGGCAUCCUACCCAAUCUUCCUGUCCUUAUUCUGAGAUGAUCCUUAAACCAGAGGACGACAAUACAGUACCGAGAUACCUACUUCUAAAUUUUGUUUCAAUGGAGGGCAAGUGCAAUAAUGGCGGAGGCGAGAAGGAGCUACGACUGCUGGACUUACUGCAGGACAAACAAACGAGGGCGCCGUCUGCGCAUCGAGCGUGGAAUAGUGGGAGUGGUGUCGGAGGGUUCCCUCAUCUCUCUCCUAUGGUGCAACACAAACCGAUGAAAAGUGAGGAACAAUUAUUCCUGCGGACGAGCGAUGGACGUAUUCUUCAACAUAAGCCCACGAAGAGUCAGGACUUCCUUAGUGAUAAAGAAAUGGCGUUCUUCUCGCAAGGGGCGAUGGGUGACAGCUCAAAAUAUGAGUUACUCCAUAUCCCACAAACUGCUAAUAAACUCAGUGCAUUAAACAUCUCCUGUAACAAUUCCUCUAAGAGUAUGGAAAGUCUUCCACAGUCUGGUUCCUUGUCUCAUGACCGAGGGGCCGAAACAAGACAUAAGAGUUCCUCUCAUGAGAACGUGCAAAGUUCACGUCUAGACUCUCAAUCCGUAUUUUCCUCUUCGUCCGCAAGUGCCCGAUCCGGAGGAAGCAUCAUGGAAAGCCUUGUUCGUGAGUUUGGACUUAAAAAUACGAGCCCAUCCGUCGAAGUUAGUGAUUUAAGUGACUCUGAAUUAUCGCCAAACUUUUCUUCUGAGAGACCGCCGCCUCCGAGGUACCCUGGUGGUUCGACCUCAUCACCUUCCUCUUCGAGGCUCAGUGAUCGUGAUUCUCAGAGCAGCGAUGGCGGAGACAGUUCAACUUUCUUCAGCGGAUCUUACAAUAUGAAAUCUAAGUCUUCUGAGUCAUCAAGUAUGUUUGAAACCACGACAACGACAACAACAACAAGUUCCAGCCCAAGUUCCUCCCCUAAUGCCGACAGUAGCCAGCCCUCUAACAUCCCAUUUGAGGUGGAUCAUGAGGCAAUUGCAACAAGAGCGACUCACAUGGUUGAAAUACUCUCAGAAGAGAACAUGUCCUUGAGGCAAGAACUUGAGAUGUACUCACAGAGAGUCAGCAAAUUACAAAAGUUUGAGCAAGACAUCCACAGAGUCCAGACAUCUCAUGAGAUGCUCGUAGAAUCCACAAAGAAGAGAGAACAACUUGAGGUACUAGUCCGCUCUAAACUAGAGGCUGAGAUUAAGAGGUUACAAGAGCAAUAUAAAGAAGUACAAGGUCAAUUAGAGAGAUCCAGAACCCAAUUGUACCAUCAUGAGAGAAAUACGGGUCACGUGAGUGAACUCAAGCAGGAGAUUAGAGCCAAAGAUUCCAUGAUUCAGAAACUCGCUACAGAAAAUCAAGAUUUAAUGAUGAGCAACCAACGAAUGGAAAUGGAACUAUCGGCUCAAAGAGCGACUCUGUCAGAACAAAGACAACAUAUUGAUGUACUUGACACAGCACUGUCAAACGCCCAAGCUAAUGUAGUCAAACUUCAGGAAGAGUGUCGGAAACGUCAGGUUUAUGUCGACAAGGUCUCGUCUCUUCAGAAGAUGGUCUCUGCUCUCAAAUCAACGUACCAGAAACGAGAACAGAUCGAACAGAAGCUGAGAAAUAAACUGGAGAAGGAGAUCGAGAAACUCAAAGGAAUGCAGAGCAAUAACCCCAACCAAGAUGAGGGCGUAUCUGAGCUGGAUGUAGAGUGUAGUAACCACACCCUUCUUGAACUCCUUAAAGAAAGAGAAGACGCCAUCUUACGAUUGGAGUCAGAUGUUACCAAGUGGGAGCAGAGGUUUCUUGAGGAGUGUACGUUGAGACAGUGCUUUGUGGAGCCAACGUUGACAAGUGAGGCUGGAUUGUUCAACCAAGAAGCAGAGCAGGUACGAGCUGAGGCUCAGGCUGAGAGAGCGAGAUACAUGGAUGAUUUACAACAUGUUCAGAGUCAGUUCACAGAUAUGGAAUCCAGAAUAAAUGCGUUGACAAUGGAUCUAUCUCAUAAAGACACUAUCAUCCAAGUACUGAGGAGGCAGAUCCUAGACCAGGAUCCAACCAUCUCUAUGGAGCGAUUGACGCGUCCCCAUUCCUCGUCAUCUCCGCUAAACUCCAGUCACAGCAUCCAGCGUGGUUCAGCGGAGUCGCUCCACAAUCUCCCACGAUCUCCGGGAAGCUCCGGUUCACUUCACAACAUCGGUUUGUCGUCCUCGUCGAAUUUGGGAAAUAAAUCACCUCUUAGCUCGCUUCAGAACCUGAUGAGGUCACCAGCAGGGUCAUUCCAGAGUCUUGUACCGUUGGCUACAAGCCGAGGUCAUGGUUCACAAGAGAGGUUGCUAGGGUUGAAUGAUUCGGUUACGUCACUGAGUACAUCGGGAUUGUCUAUUGCUGGAACGGAUGGUAGUGAAUCAGACUUGGCUACAUUAGCAAAGGAGAGAACUGUACUAGAUGAAAAACUCAAGCAGCUGGACCAAGAAAUAGCAGAACAGGAUCAUAUACUGGAAUCAUUAUGGAAACCCUAAGGGAUACAGAAGAUGAUCUUCAGAUUACAACUCAUCCACUACAGUACCCUCUUUCAUCCACUAUGGAAACCCUAAGGGAUUACAGAAGAUGAUCUUCAGAUUACAACUCAUCCACUACAGUACCCUCUUUCAUCCACUAUGGAAACCCUAAGGGAUUACAGAAGAUGAUCUUCAGAUUACAACUCAUCCACUACAGUACCCUCUUUCAUCCACUAUGGAAACCCUAAGGGAUACAGAAGAUGAUCUUCAGAUUACAACUCAUCCACUACAGUACCCUCUUUCAUCCACUAUGGAAACCCUAAGGGAUUACAGAAGAUGAUCUUCAGAUUACAACUCAUCCACUACAGUACCCUCUUUCAUCCACUACAGUACCCAAUCUCAUCCACUACAGUACCCAAUCUCAUCCACUACAGUGUUUACGAACAGCGCCCUCUAUGACACUAUUAGGUUUGGAGUCCGAGUAGUUAUUGUUUGUCACAUGUCUUCCUCUUUGAGAAUAAAAUCAUUUGAACCGUGCUGCAGGCAGUUAUGGUUUGUGAAUUCUCAGAUCCGACUCAGAUUAAAGUGACUUAUUGUACCAUAUUUGUAGUCAAUUACGAUUUCUUAUCAUCUACAGUAACUACUAAGCUGUACAAUGCUGCUUACCAAGACAUUCUGUAUUUAAGAAUUUUAGGUCACAGGGUAACAAUACUGCACUCAUAGUCUGCCAUUUCGGUGGAAUUUCAUUUAACUGCAAAUAAUUAUCGCUGAAAAUGUGCACCAAAAAAAAUACAACACCAAAAUGGCGCAACCAAGACUUAUCAUUGGUGAUGACAUCGAGUAAAAAAAAACUAUGUCUGUUGAGUAUUAUAACAACGUCCCACACUCGGGGUUCACCAUCGGUUAUAAAAUGCCUUGAGGAAAUAUUUACACAACCCAACUAACAUUAAAUUUUUAAGGAAAACAUUUUACAGCAUUUCCAAUUAUAAAGGAAGUUUGAUUGAUGUUGUCACCUAGGGUUAGCUAUUUUCGUUUGAGUCCCCCCAAAGCCUACUGUAUUAAAUUAUCAAAACAAACAAUGGACAGACGGUUCACAGUACCUUAGAAACCACAGCAGUUGGUACUGCAUGCACCUCGGACAAAUUGCUACAACUAAGGGGAAAAUGUCUGUAUCCUGCCACCACUUGUUCAUUCUUAAUAUGAAAUAGAUUGGUGUCAAAUUUGUUCAAAUGAAAUAUUCUUUCUGGUAAAAAUUGAAUGAAAAAGUGGUGGCAGGAUACAGAAAUCUUUCCCAAGUAAAUUAAGUGUUGGGGAUGGACAUAGUAAAAUAUUGGCACACUCGAUCAGUUAGACAUGGAUAUACAGGGAUACAUUAA